AGUCCAUCACACAGUAGAUUGCUGCUAAAAUUGAUUCAAUUCCUCACUUGAGUAAUUCCACACCUCUAGUGGACCCCUCAGUAUAUGGAUAUGGAGUACAAAAACGAUCCUUGGAUGAUGGAGUAGGUAACCAGUUAGGGGGGCCAUGGUACAUCAAAGGACCGUAAUAAGGGAAGAAUUCAAAGUGCCUGACGAAAUGGUUGGAUUUAUUAUCGGCAGGGGAGGUGAGCAGAUUUCACGGAUUCAAGCAGAAUCUGGUUGCAAAAUUCAGAUUGCUUCAGAGAGUUCUGGGAUUCCAGAGAGGCCCUGGGUACUUACUGGAACCACAGAAAUUAUUGAACACGCCAAACAACUCCUGGGGCAGAUUGCGGACCGCUGUCUAAAUGGACCUGGCUUUCAUCAUGACAUAGACAGCAACAGCACAAUCCAGGAGAUUCUCAUUCCCGCAUCUAAAGUGGGUCUUGUCAUCGGCAGAGGACGGGAAACAAUCAAGCAGUUGCAGGAGCCGAAAGGCGUGAAGAUGGUUAUGAUCCAGGACGGCCCAUUGCCCACGGGAGCAGACAAGGCUCUUCGUAUCACUGGAGACCCAUUUAAAGUACAACAAGCAAGAGAAAUGGUACUAGAGAUUUUCCGAGAAAAAGACCAAGCUGACUUUCGGGGUGUACACUCCCGGGGUGAUUUCAGCUCCCGAAUGGGAGGAGGCAGUAUUGAGGUAUCUGUGCCUAGAUUCGCUGUGGGGAUUGUAAUAGGAAGAAACGGGGAAAUGAUCAAAAAGAUCCAGAGUGAUGCUGGUGUGAGGAUUCAGUUUAAACCAGACGAUGGGAUUAGUCCAGAAAGAGCUGCGCAGGUCAUGGGCCCUCCGGAUCGGUGUCAGCAUGCAGUGCACAUCAUCAACGAGCUGAUUCUUACAGCCCAGGAAAGAGACGGCUUUGGAGGCCUGGCAGUAGCCAGAGGAAGAGGUCGUGGCCGUGGCGACUGCAGUGUGGGAGCCCCUGGUGGCGUCCAGGAGAUAACAUACAUGGUGCCAGCCCAUAAAUGUGGCCUUGUCAUAGGCAAAGGGGGUGAGAACAUCAAAAGCAUCAACCAGCAGUCAGGGGCGCAUGUGGAGCUCCAGAGGAACCCCCCUCCCAACUGGACCCUAACCUGCGGAGAUUCACCAUCAAGGGGAUUCCCCAGCAGAUCGAGGUGGCCAGGCAGCUCACAGAUGAGAAAGUUGGUGGGACCAGUCUUGGAGCACCUGGAGCCUUCGGACAGAGUCCCUUCAGCCAGCCACCUGCCCUACAUCAUCAAAACGCCUUUCCUCCAAGGAGCUCUGGGUGCUUCCCCCACAGCACCCCCGCGAGUGGUCCUCCGGCCUUUCUGACCCAGGGCUGAGGCAGCACCUACCAGGCGUGGUAGCAGCCCACAUGGCAGGUCCCAAGCCAGCAGAGCCAGCCGCAGAGCAACCAGCCCAGCUAUAGUAAGGCCUGGGAAGACUAUUACAAAAAAUAGAGUCACGUUGCCAGCAGGGCUCCUCAGGCCAGCUCCCCGCCGGACUACCCAAUGGCCUGGGCGGAACAUUACAGACAGCAGGUCGCUUUCUACGGCCAGACAUUAGGGCAGGCACAGGCCCACAGCCAGGAGUAGCAGGACAGCGUCCUUGCGGCCGCCUCCCCCUCUAAUUAUGGUGAAAGAAAACCUGUUUGUAACAGGUUUUUAGAUGUGCAGACCUUUUGAUGAAGAACCUUUGUUUUGUUCUGUGAAACACUGUAUUUAGAUUAACGGAACUUUUCUAAAAAUCGGGAAAAUUAGUUACUAAAAUUUGCUGAUCAUUUUUGUUUCCUUAUUUUUGUUUGUGAUUUCAAGCCUGUAAGCUCUGGGGCUCUCUUUGGAGCCAUAGCUGCCAGUUCAGGCACCAGACCGCGCCUCAGAGCUGUGACAUUUCAACACGAAGCUUUUGCUUGGGUUUUGUUUUUGUUUCCUGUCCUUUUAAUUUGCAGCUUUUUUCUGUUGCAGCAGAAAGUGGCUUGGAAGUCUUAGGUGAUACAAAGUGGAAACAACCCCAGUGUCCAUUAACAGAUGAAUGGAUAAACAGAAGGUGGUAUAUCCAUACAAUGGAGUAUUAUUCAGCCAUGAAAAGAAAUGAAGAUACAUGCUACGACAUGGAUGAACCUCAGA